AUGGUGGGUUCAGGUUCUGCAGGUGGAGAUUUACGAACUCCACAGUUCAACGGUUCAAACUAUGAUUUUUGGUCAGUAAAAAUGGAGACUAUCCUCAUAGCAUAUGACCUAUGGGAUGCAGUGGAGAUUGGAAUACAACCACAGCCGAUUAUUGAGCAGGAAGCAGGCUCUGAAGGCACUGGAGAUGAAGGGAGUGAGGCUGAGCAAAUCCCAGUGGAAGCACCUACUAUCUCCAGAGAAGAUAAGAUCAAAAAUGCCAAGGCUUUGAGUCUUAUUCAAGGAGCACUGACAGAUGAACUCUUUCCUCGCAUCAGAAAUGAGAAGACUGCAAAAGGUGCUUGGGAAAUUCUAAGAAGAGAGUUCAGAGGAGAUAAAAAGGUAAGAGCUGUGAAAUUACAAGCUAUUAGAGCUGACUUUGAAUAUUUGAGAAUGAAUGAUGUUGAAUCUCUGGAUGACUACUUGGCUCGUUUUUUUGAAAUUGUAAACAACCUGAAAUCUCUAGGAGAAGAUGUAACAGAGAAAAGGAUUGUCCAAAAAUUGUUGAUGAGUCUAAGUAGGAGGUACAAGUCCAUAGUGUCAAUCAUUGAAGAAACCAGAGAUCUUGACACUAUUAGAGUUGAAGAAAUUCUUGCAUCUGUCAAGGUUUAUGAUAAGAGAGAGGAUUUGCAUGAUGAAAGGGACAAAUUGGCAGGAACUGAGAAAGCUUUUAGCAGUCUCAGAGUUGGAAAUGAUCAAGCUUCUGGAGCUAACAAAAGUUCUCAGGGAAAGCAAAAUCAAAAAUGGCAAGGACAAAACAAAAAGGGCUCAAAUUGGUCUCAAGGUGGAAAUUUUAACAACAAUAAUGGCUCUAGAGGGAAUUGGAACAGCAGCUUCAAUUCACAAAACAAGCAAGGGAGUAGUAGUCAAGGUGGUUUGAAACCACAGUGCCAAGUGUGUCAGAAAUACCAUUUUGGUAUAUGCAGAUAUAAGGGAAAACCCAAGUGUGGAAAGUGCAGUCGAUUUGGUCAUUUAACUAAGGACUGUGAAAGUGGUAAACAAGUUGCAAACUGUGCAAAAGAGGAAGAAGUAACCACAGGAACAAUGUUCUAUGCUUGUCAUGCAAGCUCAAUUGCAUCAAGCAAGUCUGUGUGGUUUGUCGACAGUGCUUGCAGCAAUCACAUGACCUCUCAAGAGUCCUUGUUGAUCAAUCUUGAUAGGUCAGUGACCUGCAAAGUGAAAAUGGGCACUGGUGACCUUGUUCAAGCCACAGGAAAAGGGACACUAGUAGUUGAGACAAGAAAAGGGAGAAGAUAUAUAAAUGAGGUGCUGUUAGUCCCUGGUCUGGAUGAGAAUUUGUUGAGUGUAGGACAAAUGAUGGAGCAUGGGUACUACAUUCUAUUUGGAGGAAACUAUGCAUUAAUAUGUGAUGAUAGCAGCCUUGAUAAUGUUGUUGCCAAAGUAGCAAUGGCUGGAAAUAGAUGCUUUCCAUUGUCUAUGGAAUCUAUCUGCUCAAUGGGAAUGAAAGCAGCAGUACAAGUAGAUCCAUGGGUUUGGCAUAGGAGAUUGGGGCAUUUGAACUUUGCAAGCAUGAAAAAAAUGCAGCAAACACAAAUGGUGCUAGGCUUACCUGAUUUCUCAGAAAAAGAAGGAGUAUGUGAAGGCUGUGUGUAUGGUAAAAGCCACAGAGAACCAUUUGAAAAUGAGAAGUCUUGGAGAGCUAAGCAUCCACUUGAGUUGAUACACACGGAUGUAUGUGGUCCAAUGCAAAAUGAGUCCAUUGGAGGAAAUAGAUACUUCAUCACAUUCAUUGAUGACUAUUCAAGAAUGUGUUGGGUAUAUUUUCUCAGAAACAAGUCAAGUGUGAUAAGUGUGUUCAAAAAGUUCAAAGCAUUUGUUGAGCUACAAAGUGGAUUCAACUUAAAGAAACUAAGAAGUGACAGAGGUGGAGAGUACACUUCACAUGAAUUCCUUGAGUUUUGCAGUGAUCUUGGCAUGGAGAGGCAACUGACUAUUGCCUACUCACCUCAGCAAAAUGGGGUUGCUGAGAGAAGAAACAGAACCAUCUGUGAAAUGGCAAGAUCAAUGAUGACUGAGAAGAAAAUCCCUGUAAAGUUCUGGGCUGAAGCAGUUGGUACUGCUGUGUAUCUGCAAAACAGGUGCUAUACUACUUCAGUUUCAGACAAAACUCCAUUUGAAGCUUUCACAGGAAGGAAACCAGGUGCAAAACACCUGAGAGUGUUUGGAAGUAUAUGUUACAGUCACAUUCCAUCAAACCUUAGACAGAAGUUUGAUGACAAAGCAAGCAAAGGAAUUUUUAUGGGUUAUGGCAGCUGUGAGAAGGGUUACAGGGUCUAUAAUCUUCAAACUGAGAAGAUUAUACUCUCUAGAAGUGUUGUUUUUGAUGAGAACAAAUCCUGGAAUUGGGAAAGCAAGCAAGAUGAAACUGUCUCUGUGCCUCUCAUCUUUGAAAAUGGAAAUUCUGAGAUAGCUGAAACAGAAACAGCCUCUCAUGAAACUCACAGCAUUGAUUCACCAAAUCUGAAUAAAUUAAUCUCAGAUGAUGAACAUGUCUCUGAGAGAAAUGGCAGUGGCACCAGUCAAGGGUCAACUCCAAGCAAUACACCAGUGAAGCUGAGAAGUUUGGAGGACAUUUAUGCAAGAUGUCACAUGACCAUUAUUGAACCUGAAACUUAUUAUGAAGCUGUUGAAGACAAAGCAUGGAAGGAAGCAAUGGAUGCUGAGAUAGAAACUAUUGAAAAGAAUGGAACUUGGGAGCUAGUGGAAAGGCCUACAGAUAAACCAGUCAUAGGAGUCAAAUGGGUGUUCAAAACCAAGUUGAAUCUUGAUGGGACAGUUCAAAAACACAAGGCUAGGCUUGUGGCUAAAGGGUAUGCUCAAAAACCUGGUAUUGAUUAUAAUGAAACCUUUGCCCCAGUGGCAAGGUUAGAUACAAUCAGAACUUUGAUUGCACUUGCAGCACAAAAGGGUUGGAAGUUGUUUCAAUUAGAUGUUAAGUCAGCCUUCUUGAAUGGAGUACUUGAGGAGGAGGUUUAUACUGAGCAACCAGAGGGGUUUGAAGUGAAAACAGCAAGUCAUAAGGUCUAUAAAUUAAAGAAGGCCCUCUAUGGUUUGAAGCAGGCUCCCAGAGCCUGGUACAGUGAAAUAGACACCUAUCUAACUAGCUGCAAUUUUAAAAGAAGCACCAGUGAGGCCACCUUAUAUACCAGAACUGAUGAAGAAGGAAAACUGAUCAUUGUCUCUAUAUAUGUUGAUGAUAUAGUUUAUACUGGAAACAGUAAUGCUUUGCUCAGUGAGUUUAAAAGGGACAUGAUGCAAAAGUAUGAAAUGACUGAUUUAGGACUCCUACAUCAUUUCUUGGGAAUGGGAGUUCUACAAACUGAAAAUGGAGUGUUUAUUCAUCAAAGCAAGUAUGCAAAGUCCUUGCUUGUGAAAUUUGGUCUCGAGGAUUGUAAGUCAGUAACAAUUCCUCUACCCACUGGUGAAAGAUUAAAGAAAGUUGAUGGAAGUGAUUUGGCUGAUGAAGGUUUGUUUAGAAAAAUUGUUGGCAGCCUGUUGUAUCUGACUGCAACCAGGCCUGAUAUAAUGUUUGCAGCCAGUUUGUUAUCAAGAUUCAUGCACAGCCCCACAAAGAAGCACAUGGGAAUUGCAAAAAGGGUUCUUAGAUACAUUCAAGGCACUCUCAGCUAUGGCAUUGAAUUUACAAGGGAUAAUAAUGCUGUUCUGGUUGGCUUUUGUGACUCUGAUUGGGCUGGCAGUGAAGAUGACAGUAGAAGCACAUCUGGAUAUGCAUUCAGUUUUGGUAGUGGAGUUUUUUCAUGGGCUUCAGUCAAGCAAAACACAGUUGCAUUGUCAACUGCAGAAGCUGAAUACGUUUCAGCAGCUGAGGCAACAGCUCAAGCUAUCUGGCUAAGGUUUGUGUUGGAUGAUUUUGGUGAAAUGCAAUCUGAUGCAACACCAUUGUUUUGUGACAACAUGUCAGCAAUAUCAAUGGUCAAAAAUCCUGUUUUCCAUCAGAAAACAAGGCACAUAAACCGAAGGUAUCAUUUCAUAAGGGAAGCUUUACAAGAAGGGGUGAUUGAUAUAAAAUUCUGCAGAAGUGAAGAACAGUUGGCAGAUAUUUUUACAAAAGCUCUGCCCAAAGAUCGAUUCAAUUAUUUGAGGUUGAAGCUUGGAGUUAAACCAGUAAGCAGCUUAGGAGAGGCUGUUGAGAGUUAA